AUGUUUUUAAAAUACAACACCCAAUUGGGACCUCCAUUUCAUGUUAUUGUUGAUACAAAUUUUGUCAAUUUUAGCAUCAAAAAUCGGAUAGAUGUUAUGAAAGGAUUUAUGGAUUGUCUUUUUGCUAAAGUAAUUCCAUACAUUCCUGAUUGUGUUCUUGGUGAAUUGGAAAAGCAGGGACGUCGUUUCAAAUUGGCUUUGAAAAUUAUUAAAGAUCAGCGGUUCCAAAGACUUCAUUGUUCUCACAAAGGAAUUUAUGCGGACGAUUGUAUUGUUCAGAGAAUUACUCAGCACAAAUGUUAUAUCGUUGCUACUUGUGACAGAGAUUUACGAAUGCGUAUACGUAAAAUUCCAGGUGUUCCAAUUAUGUAUAUUCGAGAUCAUCGUUAUACUAUUGAAAGAAUGCCUGAUGCUUAUGGGGCACCAAAAUUGUAAAGAAAAAAAAAUUAAAAUUUUGAGUUUAUUUUUGUUAUUUUAUUUAAAAACGGAAUAAAAUAAAUGUUUAGAAUAUUCCCUUAUAAAUUUUUUGGAUUUCUAUCUUUUUGGAAGAUAAAAGUCUUUGUUUACAUAAACUUUGUCUUGCAAAAUUAUGUUCACAGGGAAAUUAAUCAAACAAAAUCUCAUAAUAUGCUUCAUCUUCUUUAUUCCCUCAAAUUCCUUUAUCCGACUUAAUCCAAUGAUAUCUUUUAACUUCCCCUUGAUCGAUCCAGAAUCCCUUUUAUCACUCUACUAUAUCAAGCCCGUCAAAUUCACUUUUACCCCAACACCUAAUCACAAUUCUUU